CAGGGGGGGCAGGCGGGGUUGGAUGGCCCCUGGAGCCGGUGAUUUCGCACGACAUGCAGCAAGAGAUAUGAGCGGGAGUUUGACGGGCACAGCGCAAGCUGAUCAGAGAGGAGAUCAGAGCGCCAGAGGGGGUCGAUGUGGUAGUCGGGGUAGGGGGGGGGGUCGCAGGAUGACCUACACGAUGCUGGCGGAGCUCUCUGAGAAACCGCCCUCCGAGGUGGCCAUCACCCUCUCCUCCUCUCCUGCCUUUCAAGAGCUCCUGGAGGAGCGAGAUAUCCGGCAUGAAUUUGUGCAGCUCGUUUGCUCUGCCCUGAGCAGGGCCUUCCAGUCGCGCGUGGAUAGGAGCACGGUCCAGCACCUUGCUGGUGUGGUGAAGGACAGCGGGUUCCUGCGCACCAUCCUCCCGCAAUACGUAGGUGGAAUGAGUGCAGAGUCCGACCCAACCCGCAGGGAACAGUACCCGCAGCACUUUGACAACAUGAUAGCUGUCCUGUCUAAGGUGCUCAGCAUCUUCCCAGCCAGCUCAGUCCAGGCUGUGUCUGUGCUGGUGGUUCUCUUGCGGGCCUCUCUCAUUGGCCUGAGGGACUCUGGGGUUGACAUCGCACGUCCAACUGAAGAAAAGCUGGAAGACAUCCAGGCUUUAAGCCAGCAACUCCAAGAGAGAUCCAGGGAGGGAAGCCUGCGUUCAGACCGGGACCUCCUUCCACUCUUAUCCGACCAACUCGACAACGAAGGUGAGGAAGAUCUGGAGAACUUUCGUACAAUACCCAUCUAUCCAACCAGAGAGGAGUUCCGUGAAAAUAAGACACCCUACCUAAGGCCCAACGCCACUACUCGCCAACACGCCAACACAGAAACCUACCUUGACACACACUUCCGACUGCUGAGAGAGGACUUUGUGCGGCCUCUACGUGAGGGGAUCCAGAGAUUGAUCUUCAGCGAUUUGGACAUGGGGAAUACCCAGCAGCUUAAGAAGGAGCGUUUCAACGACAUCAGUGUGUACUUUGACGCCAAACUGGAGUCGCCUCUUUGCACACGUUCAGGCUUAGCCUAUGUUAUCAAAUUUGACGUUAAGCCUCUGAAGUUUGUUCGCUGGGAAAGCUCAAAGCGGUUACUCUAUGGUUCUUUGUUGUGCAUGUCGUGUGACAAUUUUGAGAGCAUCCUGUUUGCUACAAUAUCUGAACGAGAGCUGAAAGACGUGAAGAAAGGCAUAAUUCAGGUCAUCUUUUCUGAUGAGAGCAAACAAAAGCUGGAAACCAUGCAGACCAAUCUGCCGUUUCUGAUGGUGGAGACGUCUGCCUACUUUGAGGCCUACCGCCAUGUUCUGGAGGGCCUGCAGGAAGUACAGGGAGAUGAGCUUCCCUUUCAGAGGUAUAUAGUGGAGUGCAGCCCAGAUGUGCAACCCCCACGGUAUCUGAGGGAAGACGACGUGUACAACCUGGAACAGGUGGUAGACCCUAAGAAGAACCAGAAGAUCAAGCCCUUUCACUGCCUCAGGCCUGCUGACUGGCCUGCCAAGGAGACCCUCGACCUGGACGAGUCUCAGAUGGAAGCCUUUCAAUUGGCUCUCACUCAGGAGCUAGCCAUCAUACAAGGACCCCCUGGCACUGGGAAGACCCACGUCGGCCUUAAAAUCGCCAAGGCUCUGUUGACCAACCAGGAACUCUGGAGUGCCGAUCAGGAGGCUGCGCCAAUGCUUGUCGUGUGUUACACAAACCACGCUUUGGACCAGUUCCUGGAGGGUAUCCAUACAUUUCUAAGAAAAGGCAUUGUGAGAGUUGGGGGCCGGAGCAACAGCGAGGACCUGAAACCCUUCAUCCUGAAACAUCUAAUGGAAGCCUUCCGUAAGGGGAAUUUGGAUAGAAAAAGGCCCAACCACCUACGAUAUGCUUUUACAGAGAUUAUAAGCGAUCUGCAAAGUCGGGAGCAUGAGGUCAAUGUUCACUCGGUACAACUACAGUGCAGUCAGAAGGGGGUCCUCCGGGAGAACAUUCUACAGAAUUACAUUUCAGAUAGACACUUGCCCAGUCUGGAACCGCCUGCAAGGUCCAUCUCUGACUGGCAUUCAAGAGAAAAAAGGCAGAGUCAGAUGGUUGAGUGGUUGGGAUUAGGUCCCACAUUCUUCCAGCAGGAGGCGGAAGAGGAAGCACAUGAAGACAUUGAAUCGGACCCAGAAGCGGAAGCGGAUGAGAUGAUCCAGAUCGCUGAGGAAGCAGACCAGAUUCACAAUGAGCGAUUUAUCGAAGACAGCUCUGAGCGUCCAAAUUCGAGGAUGAUCAGGCAGAAGGAAGUGCACCAGGCAGAGGAACAGAUUCUUGCACUGAACUUUAAGAACGUCCCCCAAAAGAGGGACCAGAGUGACCAGGAAUGGCAGAUGCAGAGAAACCAGAGGAAAAGUAUCAAGAGAAAAUUCCGGAAGGAACUGGAUAAGGAAUCGGAUAUGACCGAAGCAGAGGAAAUGGCCAUAUUAGACAUUUGGCAACUGAGUUUGGCCGAACGAUGGCGACUUUAUCGGCUAUGGGUGUCACGCUACAGGUCUUUUCUGCAAGAUAAACUUCAGAAGUCCAUGGAGAAAUACCAGAACACGGUGGAAAGGUUGGAGGAGGUGCAGCUCAACGAGAAAAUCUGCCUCCUCCGCAACGCCAAGGUCAUCGGCAUGACGACCACAGGGGCGGCCAAGUUCCGUAAGAUCUUGCAGGAAGUGCGUCCGCGGCUGGUGAUAGUGGAGGAGGCUGCUGAGGUGUUGGAGGCCCACACCAUCACCUCUCUGAACCCAGAGUGUCAGCACCUCAUCCUCAUCGGAGACCACCAGCAGCUGCGGCCUAGUGCUACAGUGUACGAUCUGGCCAAGAACUUCAGUCUGGAGGUUUCCAUGUUCGAGAGGCUGGUGAAAACUGGUUUCCCUUUCGUCAGGCUCAACUAUCAGCAUCGCAUGAGGCCCGACAUUGCCCGCCUCCUGACUCCUCACAUCUACCCCGAGCUGGAGAACCACCCGUCAGUCAUGGACUACGACAAUGUCAAGGGCAUCCAAACCAAUCUGUUCUUCCUGGAGCACAGCCACCUAGAGGAAAACCUCAGAGAUGGGAAGAGUCACGAGAACAAACAUGAAGCCAUGUUUGUAGUUGCUCUGUGUCGCUAUCUUCUGAUGCAGGACUACAAUCCAGAACAGAUUACUAUCCUCACCACGUACAGCGGACAGCUCUUCUGCCUGCGCAAUAUGAUGCCCUCCUCCGAGUUUGCAGGGGUCAAAGUGCAUGUGGUAGACAAGUACCAAGGUGAGGAGAACGACAUUGUCUUGCUGUCUCUGGUCCGCAGCAACACCAUUGGCAGUGUGGGCUUCUUGAGCAUCCCCAACCGCGUCUGCGUGGCAUUAUCACGCGCCAAGAAAGGCCUCUACUGCAUCGGAAACAGUGCCAUACUGAGCAAAGUCAGACUGUGGAGCAAUAUCUUCGGCACCUUGAAAGAGAAGGAACAGAUGGGCAAAGCGCUCACUCUGUGCUGUCAGAACCACCCAGAAAAACAGAUCCAGGCCGCCUGCUCUGAGGACUUCAAACAAGCCCCUGAAGGGGGGUGUUUGACGCCUUGUGAGUUCCGCUUGGACUGUGGCCAUGUUUGUGCUCGAGUAUGCCAUCCUUAUGACCCCCAGCACAAGAAGUACAAGUGUGAGAAAGACUGUGAGAGAAAACUAUGUUAUCAGGGACACAUCAAGUGCCCAUUGGCUUGUCACCAUCCAUGCCCCCCAUGUCCGGUGGAGAUUGAGAAGACCAUACCAGGUUGUAGGCACAAGCAAAUGGUCCCUUGCUACAUGAACCCUGCUUGCUUCAAAUGCAAUGAGCCCUGUGAGAAAACUCUCCAGUGCGGACAUCAGUGCAAAGGAAAGUGUGGGGGUCCAUGUACAAUUGAUUGCAAGGUAAUGGUCCCCCUCAUUCUCGAGUGUGGACACACCCAGAGUGAUAACUGCUACUACAAGACAAAGGACUAUGAGCCUAACUGUAGGACCCCAUGUGACCUACAGCUGAAAUGCAGCCACAGCUGUACUGGUACUUGCUACGAAUGCAACCAGGGGCGCUAUCACCUCCCAUGCUCCUACCAGUGUGAACGUCUGCUCAUUUGUUCCCAUAAGUGCAGGGAACCUUGCACCGGUGAGUGCCCUCCAUGCAAGCUGCCCUGUGAGAACGUCUGCAUCCACAGCAAGUGCAAGAAACGUUGUGGACAACCCUGUGCCCCUUGCACAGAGCCUUGUGCCUGGCAAUGUCUGCACCAAAGUUGCAGCAAGCUUUGCCACGAACCUUGUGACCGCCCGCCAUGCACAAGGCCCUGUCUCAAAAUGCUAGGCUGCGGCCACACCUGCAUAGGCCUCUGUGGUGACAAAUGUCCAACCAAAUGUCGCAUCUGUGAUCACGACGAGGUCACAGAAAUAUUCUUUGGCUCUGAGGACGAUCCCGAGGCCUACUUCAUUCAACUGGAGGACUGCAGUCACAUUGUUGAGUCCAAAGCUAUGGACACAUACAUGGAGAUGGACCAGAAGUCAGAGGACAACAAGCAGAUGGUCAUCAAACUGAAAGAGUGCCCCAGAUGUCGCACUCCGAUCCGCAGGAACCUUCGCUACGGCUCUCACAUCAACCGCAGCCUGGCUGAGAUAGAGAAAGUCAAGGAAAAGAUAAAUGGACACAAGAUAGAUAUUGAAACUAAAAGAAACACCAUCAAAGUGCAAUGGGAAACCAAUCACAGACAACUUCUUACAUAUUUGCCAUACAAAUGUCAAGAUCAAGUUCAAAGCCAAUUGUCAGAGUCAGAUCUCACCGCUAAUGAUUUGCUGGGUCUGGAACAUACAAUGCUCUUCAUGGAGAGAGCCGCCAUGCUUCUCAAGAUCCAAAGAAAGGAGAUGACUGGAAACUACCGCCUCCGUUUCACAGACAAAGUUGAUGUGUUCCUCCAAUGGCUUCUUCACCCAAAUCAGAAAUUCACUGAACAACAAGUCUCAGAUUUGCAAAAAGAGCUGCAGAGAGUCACCCUUUUGGCUGAACUCAAUGCGCGGUGCACAAUGGCAAGAGAACAAAUUACAAAAAUCCAGGCUGAGGUAGAUGCUAUCAGGAGGGUUCUGGAUAAGAUUGACUCGUUCACCGAACAAGACGCAGAGCAAGUGAAGCUAGCCCUAAAGGAUAUAGAAGAAAAAAUCCCCUACACGGGCCUUGGCAUUAGUGAUAAGGAGAAGGCGAUGGUCGUUUCAGCUCUGAAGUUGCCACCUGGUCACUGGUACAAGUGUCCCAACGGCCAUAUCUAUAUCAUAACGGAGUGCGGAGGGGCAAUGGAGAGCAGACGCUGCCCAGACUGUGAUGCAACUAUCGGUGGACAAAGUCACGCUUUGGCCAGUGGAAACCAGGUCGCCUCAGAGAUGGACGGAGCGCAGCACGCAGCUUGGUCCGAGGGCAAUAAUCUGUUGAAUUUUGAUCAAUUAGACUUAAGUGACUAAAACACGACCACCUGUUGGCUGACCAGGAUUUUGGAUGUGGGGAUUGUUAAUUGGUUGGUAGGUUGACAGGUUUAGCAGGUCGGCAAGUUAAUUUGACUACUUUUACCUACUCUGUAGUAGGUUUACCUAUUGCAAAAUUGUCAUAUGCAAGAAUGUUGGCUGAUUAUAUGGGUAUAAUGAUAAGAAUACUAUUACUUUAAUGCUAUGGUAAAAAAUGUUUUUUAUUCUUUUUAGAUACACACAUGCCUAAAAACAGAUGCACACAAUGUAUAAAUAACAUGGCAACACUGGAUCAAUUAGAAAAUAUAUCUUUACGAGGAGCAGUACAUUUGAAAAACUGAUGAUGCUUUCUUUCUUGUUCAUGCUUGAAGUGUUGUAGUUCAUUUAUAACAUAAACAAAGUCCAGCCUCCUAGCUUAAAACAAAAUCAACUGCUUGCAGCGCGAUGAAUCAAAGGACAACUUUGUUGGGGAAAAGCACAACCUACUAAAAUAGCAUUGUCAAGGCAAGUGAUGAAAACAAUCACAUUUUAAAUGGAUGUCUUGCAAAGUUACCGAGGGGGGCAAUAAUAGGCAAAAAUGCUUGCAAUGAAAUAUAAGAAUAUAUUUAUGCUGAAUGAUUAUCUCAUAUAUCUUGUUAAUAUGCUCAUUGUCACAAUUGCAGUAGACCGGAAUCAAUUAUGGAAGGUUGAAACCGCUUACGGAAAACAAACUGAAUCGGUUGUGUCAACUAGGAGGGGGGAGGGGGAGGUAUAUGAUUUAUGAACUCUGACGGUGCCCAGGGAACAGCUCUGAAAUACUCUCAGAUACCCUAUAUGUGAUGAAUCAAUACAGUGCUCAAUACAGUGCUAAUCAACAACUUUAGGAGAACAUCACUUAUCACAUCUUGGAACUUUUAAGAUUUUCCUCUUAAAGGAAAAUUAUAUUAGUUGAUGAAAAACAAAGUUGGAUAGAUCUAUAAAAUACUUAAAUAAGGUAAAAAAAGAAAAGACUAUCAAUAGUAACACUUCGGUGUUGGCCGGUGGUCGUCGGGUACGAGGCCCGCCAUCGCCUGCCUCCUGACCCCACAUAUCAACCCCGAGCUGGAGUACUACCCGUCAGCCAUGGACUACGAUAACGUCAAGGUGAUUGUUGAAUCUACUGCUGCUCUCUCCUCCAGCAGUACACACCUACCGGCCUGAGGCGUUUAUCUUUUUCUAUUUGGAGGGAUUCAGAACGUCUGACCUUUCCAGUGUGUGUGUGUUUGUGUGUGAUCUAUUUGGACUACUUUUCUUUGCCCCUUCUACAAUUACAGAGUCUCCUUACUACUAAUUGAAUGUAUUUUAAUACUUUUAUAUCUCCAAAUAGAUGAUCCUUUCAGGGCAAAAUGUAUAUUCUCUAUUGUCUGCUUUAUCACAGGGCAUCCAGACCAAUCAGUUCUUCCUGGAGCACAGCCACCUAGAGGAAAACCUCAGAGAUGGGAAGAGUCAAGAGAACAAACAUGAAGCCAUGUUUGUAGUUGCUCUGUGUCGUUAUCUUCUGAUGCAGAACUACAAUCCAGAAAAGAUUACUAUCCUCACCACGUACAGGUGGUUUUGCUCUUUGCUCAUGGCAGUUGUGGCAGUCAUUUUAACAUGUCAGCAGGCAAGCUUCACUCAUUCCAGGAUGUAUUAUGCUUUGUCCUAUAGCCUACUUGGAACGUGUUUUGAAAUGGAUCUAGUAGCCUAUAGAAAUGUGCCAGCUGGAAUACAAAGCAAACUCUCCUUCAAAUGCACAUUCAUGGAAGUCUUGUAUUGUCAUCCCCAAAUAAUGCUGCAAUGUAAUAAUAUACAUCUUUAAAUGCACAAUAAUGAGUCAUUCUUCUUCUUAUUAUUAUUAUUAUGACUUAUCAAAUAUUUUUAUUGGCUCCCAGAAUGCAGGUCUGUUAGUGACUCCCAGUAUCUCUAAAAACUGACUGGGAAGUAGAGCAUUCAGUUACUGGGCUCCUUUACUGUGGAACCAGCUCUCCCCAUCGGUCAGAGAGGCAGAUACUCUAACUAAAUUUAAGUACACCCCCUCACCUUUCGCACCUUGUAGUUUGGCCUUGGCGUCUCGCAGUCUCUCUGUGUUUCCACAUAUUCUCCACAGCUCCAUCCCCAGUCCGAAUCAACUGCAAUUUUUCCCCUGGGUUUUCCUGGGAGUUUUUACUCAGUCGAUGUGAGGGUUUAAGGGAAGAGGAUGUUGUUAUGAUGCUCAUGCAAUGUUAAGCCCUUUGAGACAAACUGUUUGUAAAAACGGGCUAUAAAAAUAAAAUUGCCUUGCCUUGCCUAACCCGCUUGGACUGUAAUUCAUAUUCAUGCUACUAGUUUGAUCAU